AUGACGGUGCUCAAACAGAUUGCAAUUGACAAGGGCUGGGAAUUUAAACAGGCCAGUCAUCUGAACAACUCCACUGCCUCCUCUUUCCUACCAGUGUCUCAAUUCCCAACGGUUGCCCAUAUUGAUUUACUUCAUCAUGGACUCAUCCCGGAUCCCUACAUAGACGACAAUGAAACAAAAUGCCUUUGGGUCAACGAAGCAGACUGGACCUACCGCACCCUUGACUUCCCUCGCGUUGACCUCGGUGAUAGAAAUACUCGCGCAGUUCUGGUCUUCGAAGGGCUGGAUACUGUUGUUGAUGUUUCUCUGGGCGAGGAACAUAUCCUCUUUAGCAAGAAUAUGCAUUUACCGCAACGAGUUGAUGUCACAGCCCUCUUGAAAAAUAUUCAGAUCCAGACAAAAGCUUCGCUAGAACUGCGUUUCAGGAGCGCACCGGCUUAUGCACGAGAGGAGAAAACCCGUAUCGGGUAUCGAGCACCUAAUGAGACGGAUGUGCAUUUUGGUGGACCUGAGAGAUUAUUUUUGAGAAAGGCACAGUAUCAUUGGGGCUGGGAUUGGGGUCCUGCUAUCAACACUUCUGGUCCAUGGAAACCGAUCUAUCUCCAAAUAUACCAGAAGCGGAUUGAUGAACUUCUUGUCCGCCAAAAAGUUUCGCCGGAUCUAAGCUUCGCCGUUAUCAGCGUGAGAGGAUCCAUCGAACAUGGCUCUCUUCGUGAGAAGGUCACAGUAAAUGUACAGAGCCCCACUGGGACCUACCUACAUGCCUCGUCCCUGAUGGCUAGUGACGGGCGAUUCGAAGUUGAAAUCACUGUUCAAAAUCCUCAGCUGUGGUAUCCCCAUUCACAUGGAGAACAGCCACUCUUCAAGAUCUUUGUCGAAAUACCUGGCUACGACAAGAAAACCCAACACAUUGGAUUGCGUCGCCUUCAACUCCUGCAACACUCACUCAAAGAUACGACGGGCACCGCCUUCGUAUUUGAAAUAAACAAUCUCCGCAUGUUUCUAGGUGGAUCCUGCUGGAUACCGGGAGAUUUCAUGCUUCCUCGAUUGAACCGCAAAAGCUACUCCGACUGGCUGAGGCUCGCAAAGUCCGGAAACCAGACAAUGAUACGCGUCUGGGGCGGAGGGAUCGUUGAAUCAGAUGACUUUUAUGACAUUUGCGACCAGGAGGGAAUUUUAAUCUGGCAGGACUUUCUCUUCGCGUGCGGCAAUUAUCCUGCUUCACCGGACUUUUUGCGAAAUGUCGAAGUGGAAGCCCGAUCGCAGUUGAGACGUGUUGGUCACCAUGCGAGCUUGGUCCUUUGGGCAGGCAACAACGAAGACUAUCUGCUCGCGGACAGGUUCGGCUGGGAUAUUGAUUAUAGCGAUGAGAAGGGCCCAUGGGACCAGACCAACUUUCCGGCGAGAGAGAUAUAUGAGAGGCUGCUGCCACGUCUUGUGGAGGAGCUCGGUGGCGAUGUACCCUACUGGAGGAGCAGUCCCUACGGCGGAUCACACUCAAAUGAUCGCACUAUUGGAGACACACAUGUUUGGGAUGUGUGGCACGGCAAACUAUCUGCAUACCAGGACUACAAAGCCUACACUUCCCGCUUUAUAAGCGAGUUUGGCUUUGAGUCAUGUCCCUCUUUGCGCACGUUGCACCGCGCUAUCACCGUUCCCGCUGAGAGACAUGCUCAAUCUCGAUUCUUUGACAUCCACGACAAAGGCCCCGGCCACACCCGACGCUACCCAAUGUACAUGGGAGAGAAUUUCAGGUUUCGAAUGAACCCACUCCGAGAUUUUGUAUAUUGCACUCAAUUCCUGCAAGCCGAGGCCAUGGCGUAUGCCUACAACUGCUGGCGUCGAGAGUUCCGAGGCCCUGAGCAAGAAUAUUGUGCUGGAGUGCUCGUGUGGCAGUUAAAUGACAUCUGGCCGGGUACCAGUUGGGCUUUAGUUGACCAUGGCUUACAGUGCAAGCCGGCGUUCUUCAUCACUAAACGAGCACUUUCGAAGGUAGUCGUGGGGAUGGAACGAACCGUGACAAAGCAAGCCCCCUAUAUUGUGACAGGGUAUCCACCUGAAAAGCACAAAUUGAAUAUUUGGGCUGUGAAUGGCACUGUCCAAACUUUGAAAGUGACAUUGAAGCUCUGUGCUUUUGAUAUUCAGUCUGGAUCGUGGGUUGCGCUGGCUUCAGAGCUCGAAGAGCAUUGGUUGGAGCUUGAGCCGAAUCGAACAACGGAGGUAAUGGCCAUCAGCAUCCCAAAUCCCGAUAAUACUGUUGUUGCCGCAUACUUGGACGACAGCGAGACAUCUGAACGCCUCGCUCGUUGGAUUUCCUGGCCAGAGCCUCUUAGACUGCUUCAUCUCUGUCCCGAUCUGCACAUUACCACACAGGUGGCAGAUUCAGGUGACAAGGUGCUGCUGAGUACUAAUGCUCCGGCGAAAGGAGUCACGAUCUUGGUGCCUCUGUCUGAAUCCGGUGAGGAUGCAGUCUUCGAAGACAAUUUUGUAGACCUGGUUCCCGGCGAAACAGUGACGAUUGGCGUGAGCUCUUUGAAUGGCCGGAAGGUGCAAACAAGGUUCUUGUAUGACUGGGAAAUGGACGAAGGGUUUGAGCUUUGA